CAACCGCGCGUACACAAAGAUGGCUGACAAGCGGGGCGGAAAAAGCAGGUGAGGACUAUUAUUUACACUGUAACGUAGCCGUGACUCUGAACUGUGAGCCCUCUUCUCUCUUCCACAUUCAUCAACCGACACAACUCGAUUCAAACAAUAAAAUCGUUCAGCUCGACUGAACAGGAAACCCGCGGAGAAGAAGAAGAGAUCAGCUCGUUGGUCACCGCACAUUACAUGCUCGGCAGCUUUUGAAGGCAUUCUCUGUCAAGUGACAGUAAAGUCAAAUAAAAGAAAUGAAAACACAUGAAUGAAUGUUGAAGUGAAAUGAACGAAGGUGUAUUAGUGUCCGUUAAUGUCGUACUUCACCAGUUCACCUCGCAGACAGCUCAUGCCACACACGCUACCUGCUAGCCUAGCUUACAUGCUACAUGUGUUCUGCGAGGCCAGUGCAGCUCCGACUCUCUCUCUCAUUUACCACACUCGUCACUCUUCAUUCGUGUCAAAACGUAUGUAUUGUCGUGCUCCCUCGCACAAUGUGAAGUGGGCCAACCAACUACUGCGUUCCACCAACAUCUGAGGCCUUAAUCAUAACUGCAUUGCUCCAGUGUCUGACUAAGCCAGCAUUAUGCCAGUCAAGCCAGCGAUCCAGUUUAGCGUCAGCCUGUCAGCGGCCUUCAUCUCGUGCUGCAUGUCCGAGGCGUGAUGGAGGAGCCGGAGACGAGACAGAACUCCACGUCCGACUCGUCCGCGAGUGGCCACAGACCCUUAGAAGAAAAGGAUAUUUAUCACAUAUUUGCGAGCACAUUCAAAGACCUUUACAAAGAAGACAUCAUUGGGAAAGAGACGUUGUCCAACCUCAUCAAGACAAAGGGUGGACGGAGCAGCCAUGUCAAAUAUGUUGAGGAGCUUCAACAGGCUCAUUCUGAAUACAAUCGGUGUAUGAAAGAGGCAGACAUGCUGGAGAGUCAUAUAAUCCAAGCGAGAGCUGGAGCUGCAAGGAAAGAAAGACUGGCGUACGAGAGGAUGAAGGAGAACACAGGAGACUUUGACGAUCACCUGGGCCUAAUUACAGUCACAUCAGCCUUUUCCUGGUGUGUGGACAGCGAUCUUCUCGAAACACACAACCUGAUUUCCCCCCAGGACUACAUUACUACACAGAAACCACGAGUUGGACCGCCAUCAGCAGUAAAAUCGAAUCCUGCCAAGCCCACUAUCGCCUACACCAUGCGCGUGACCAAGGAGCCUCAGGAUGAUGGUUUUACAAAGAUUCCCAGUCCAGCAAAGGCUGUAUUAAAAAUGAGCGAGUCAGACCACAGCUUGACUUUUGAGUCCAGCUCGGAUGGCCCAAAGAGGAAGAACACUCCCAAGAAGAAGCCAACCCAGGUCAAACCCAGACCGAAGUGGACGUGGAAGGGGGAGCCGAGCGCGAAGGACAAGGCCGAGGCGACGGAGAAACUGAGCAGGCUGAAAGGUCGACACAGCUGCCUGCGCAAUUCUCACUUCCUUCCUCCGCAUGCACAGCAUGGCGGCAUGUCCCUCAUCCAGCCCAGGGCCAAAGGGGCGAAGAGGGAGCACGAGAGGAAAGGGAUGGGGGAACAAAGCCCAACGGAUGAUCCUGCCCCGGUCUUCCUGGCAAAACCCUCGGUGGUGGUUUUCACCGACUACAGUGUAGGCCAUGUCUAUGAGACAACGCUGGAGCUGCAAAACGUGACUUGCUCGAGCCGUCCUGUCCGAGUCAUCCCCCCUACCACUCCCUAUUUCUCUAUUGGCCUUGGGAGGUUCCCCAGUGAGGGUGGUGUCGUUGCCCCUGGGAUAAGCUGUAAGUACACGGUGCAGUUUGCCCCAGACUCCCUGGCCGACUACGAGGACUUCAUAGUGGUGGAGACACAGGCUGAGCAGCUGCUCGUGGUGCCCAUCGCAGCCGCACGGCCCCCUCCGAUACUCACCCUACCAAGAGUUCUGGACUGUGGUUACUGUCUGAUCGGAGGAGUGAAGUUUGUUGAGUUUCUGUGCCAGAAUGUUGGCCUCAGCGCCGGGACGUUCUGCAUAAUCCCAAAGAACCAGUGGCCAGUCUCAAACCUCAGGCAUGUCGCCAGAACAUACUUUUCUGAGCAGCCACCCUUCGCAAUCAGCCCGUCUCUUUUUGUGCUGCAGCCAGGAGAGGCCACCCGAGUGGAGGUGGUUUUCUUUCCCACCACUGCCGAGAAGAGCUGCCAGGUCUUCACCGUUGUCUGCGACAACUGCCAGGUGAAAGAUGUUUCCAUCGAAGGCGAAGGCCAGUCGAUUGCUCUGGAACUCGCGUCCGUGUCUGGAGAGAAGGACCUCCUUCUGAUCGGCGAAGUGCGUGACCUCACCGCGGAGCACUUUGUCCGCUUCAGCUCAUGUAACCCUCACUCGGUGCAGCAGAAAAAACUUGUCAUUAGGAACAACAUCCACUUGGAGCUGCCUUUCCACUGGCAGAUCUUGAAGCCCAACCUGAACCCCCUGCUUCCGGGGGAAACCCCUUUACCUUCCCAGAUCCAGUUCCACCUGGCCACAGAUGAUGCUUUCCAAGUCAGCCCCCCGACAGGCCUGCUGGCCCCCUGCCAGGACCAGGAGUUCCUGUUUACCUUCUGUCCCAAAGAGUUGAAGGACUACCACAGUGUCUGUCACUUGGUCCUGAGGGACGUCCCCCAGCCGCCACUGAGGCCCAGUGAAAACAGUGUCCUUCAGCCUGUGCGCCUUGGCUCCAAGGUGAGCGACGUCAUCGCCAUGGAGAUAGAGGUCAAGGGGUCGACGGAGUCGUAUCAGGUCCUGCUGGAGCCCUACGCUGUUGUGAUCCCCGGAGAGAUUUUUAUUUGCACGACCACCCGCAAGCACUUCAAGAUGUGGAACCACAGCAGGACCUUCAUCUUCUUUCAGUGGGAGAGGAUGAACAGUAGCAGCCACAUCAUAGAAGUAGAGCCCUCUACUGGCAGAAUAGAGGAGAACGAGUGCUUUGACUUCGAUCUAAUUGUGACCGGAGGGAAACCAGAGAAAGUUGUGACCAGUCUGGUUUGCCACAUAGAGCACCGCCAUGAGCCCAUCACCAUGACUGUGGAAGUCUCCUUCAAGGGUCCCACCGUGACCGUCAGUGUGCCCAGGGUUGACUUUGGGCUCAUGAGGCUCGGGGAGCAGACGCAGACCACUCUGCUCCUCACCAACACCACCAGGCUGGAGGCCUCCUGGACGAUUGAGGACAGUCAGCGGCAGCGGCAAGACACGCAGAUUCUAGUGGAACCACGCAGAGGUGUGCUACCUCCCUUGGCCUCCUGCAACGUGGACGUGUUCUUCAGGCCACGCUUCUGCCAGCAGUUCGAAACAGAGCUGGAGCUGGGAGUGGAGAAUGGAACCGGGUGUCACCUGUCGGUGCAAGCGGAUGUUCAGUCUCCUCGGGUGUGUCUACUCAACUGUGAGCUUCUCCUCUCUGAACUCUACGUCGAUGUUCCUGCCGGGGCCUCCGUCACUCUUUUCAACCAAACCCUGCUGCCUUCACACUUCAAAUGGAGGGCUCAGCUGCAGGGCGAACAGGCUGCACUGUGCACAGCCACCUUUGACCCCUCCUCUGGCACUCUGGGACCGAAUGCCAGCAUAGAGAUCGCGGUUACGUUUACCUCUUACGUCGAUCUGGAACUGAAGGAGGUGGCUGCUCUCUGCGAGGUCCAGGGGAUGAACUCUCAUCUUGUUCUUGGCAUCGUGGCGUCCAAAGCCAAGAAACUCAGCGUUUCUUACUCGCUGCCAAGUGCCGGCUCCACCACGCGUGAGAAGAAUCCCUCGACACCGGUACUCGACUUUGGCGGCGAUGUUGUUUUGAAGAGAGCCGUUACGAGGCAGCUACUGAUAACCAAUCACACGGCUGUCCCUGCCCCUUUCACCGUAGAGGCAGAGUAUUUCACUUGCCAUGCCGCAAAGCCAAACAACCAGUCAGAGAACGGAUUCACGUAUGUUAAAAAGCCGCUUCACACCGCCCAAGCCAAGAAAGUGGAGGAGAAAGCACAUGAGGAAUUUGUGAGCAGCCUGCUGGCCCACGGGAAAGGUGCGGCCUUCUUUGUCCUGCCAAACACGGGGAUGCUGGGACCGUUCGAGACCCGGACCGUGGAUGUGACCGCCUACACGGAUAUGUGGGGGGAAUACACAGACAACCUCAUAUGCAAAGCGGGGGAGCUUGAGCCCACGCUCAUCCCCAUGCAAAUGACCGUGCACGGAUGUCCGCUCUACUUCCAGUUGACAGGCCCGCGGCCACAUGAGCAGAACCUGGGGCCGAUCAUACAGUUUGGCACUCAUGUAUCUGGAGGUGACACAGUCUCCCGCUCUGUUCGCAUCAACAAUCCCACGAUGUUUGAUAUUCGCAUCGACUGGGAGACGUACAACGUCGAUCAGGACGAACGUAAACUGGUGGAUGUUGUGGUGGCAUAUGGAGACGCCUUUCCAAUCAAAGAUGUCGACGGCAAUGAGGUGAUAAGUGGAGCAAUGUUGCUCCCUGAUGGGAACAGUCAAACAGCCUGGAAUAGGGAGGGAGCAGGCCAGACUGACAUGGAGGAGGAGGAGGAGGAGGAGGAGGAGGAGGAGGAGGAGGAGGAGAAUAUAGCCGUUGAUGAAAAAGAAGCCUCUCUUUAUCCCUUUCCUGAAAAUAAAAAACUCUUCUCCGUUUACAUCCGACCCCAUGUGGGCAACCUCUCAGAUUACCCUUACUGCGUCACGCCACAGCAAAUAGUGAUUCCAGCAAAGAGCAGCAGCACAAUCCAUGUGUCCUUCACUCCCUUGACUCUGUCUGGUUCAGCUCAUCAGUCCAGAUGUGUGGGCUUCGCUCUGGGUUUCAUGAGUCUCGACUCCAAGAUGGCUGUCUGUGUCCUGGGUAAAGUUGGAAGAGCUCAGGGUUUGGAUCUGGAGCCUGUCAGGAUGGAUCUGCAAGCAGCCGUUAAGCCUGCACUGCUGUUAGUGCAGACAGAGGAUGACGAAGGCGCUCUGCUGUUUCAUGCCUCGGCUGGUGAUUUACUGAGGGCAGAAUCGCAGAGGGAGCUGGAAUUUGCAGUCCAGGAAUUUGAUGUCACACGGAGCCUCCAGCUGACAAACACGUCGGAGAUGCCCCUACACUUCAGGCUGGGGACCCGGCCUCCGUUCACAGUACUCAAACCACAGCCUCGGGCGCGGACCGGCACUUCCAGCAGCUCGCCUGCCGGUGACAGUGAGUCUCUGUUGCUGCAGCCGCGAAAGAGCAUGCAGGUGAAAGUGACUUUCCACUGCUCACUGCCCCUCCUGGACCACGUGCAGCAGGCAGACGAGGAAAUUCCCGCCGGGGUAACGGUGAUCCACGAUGCGAGUGGGCAGAGGAGGCUGAGGUUCCAGCACGAUCUCCUGAUUCGCUACAGUAACAACAGCCUGCAGACGGUGCCUCUCUGUGCCCACCUGGAUCUUUCUACUCUAUGUCUGUCCACCCCUGACUUCGAUUUUGGGUACUGCUAUGUGGGGCAGAUGCAGACAAGAGAAGUUAACAUCUACAGCUGCGGCGCCCACACGUACUGGAAAUCAGUUAUAGAGUCAGACGAAGGGGACGCCCCAGCGUUCAGGGUGACCCCAGACUCUGGGCUCCUCAGGUCCCCGGAGCUCCGUGUCGCCAGCUGCAGCCAGACACUCCACAUCAGCUUCAAUCCUGAUGAGGACAGGGAGUUCAGAGCCACGGUGGUGAUCCGGUCCCCUCUGGUGAAGACCCCCCUCACUCUGCAGCUCCAGGGAGCAGGGUCUUUCGAUGAGGUGUACAAGUCUUAAUAACUAGACGUCCCAGCUGCUGUUUAACCUGCUGUCCUUGCAUCAAUUAGUUUAUACUCCUUCUGAAAGAAGGUGAAUAAAUAUCAAAGAAAAAC